GAUGAAUCGAUGUGGGACGUGGGUUAUCAUGUCCAAUACCAACAAGCAGCUUUCACUGGUGAAACUUUCCGUACUCCAGACCUACUAAAGCUCUCGCGUCAUGUCGUAGUGUUCAAAGCUGGUAAAAGCAUCGCUUUCUUACUUCGGUGAUGUUCAAAGGAGCCGAACAUCAGGAGCAUAAAACAUAAAUCAUGGAGGAAUGGACUGUGUUGAUCCUCCUGUCAGUUGUCAUGCUGGUGGGCAGCUACUUAGUCGGUUCUAUACCACUUGUCAUGCAGAUGUCAGAGGCGAAGCUGCAGUUGGUAUCGGUGUUUGGCGCAGGGUUGCUGGUCGGUACUGCGCUGUCUGUCAUAAUACCGGAGGGCAUAAGGGCCCUCUUUGCUUCUGUCAAGCCAGCCAUCAUUUCUAUGCAAUGUUGGCAGAAGGGGAUGGGACUGGUUUACCAAUGGGACACGAAGGCGACCUGCAUUCAGCAAUCGGACUGUCAUUAGUGCUCGGCUUUGUAAUAAUGCUGCUCAUCGACCAGGUUUUCACUUCGCACACUAGAGAUGUAGAAGGCGGAGGUGGAAAGCCGAAGUUGACGGCGACAGUCGGCCUGCUCGUACAUUCCGCAGUCGACGGGGUUGCGCUAGGCGCAGCCGCAACGACGACUCACACUGAAGUCGAGCUGAUCGUCUUCGUAGCGAUCAUGCUGCACAAAGCUCCCGCGGCUUUCGGACUCGUCUCAUUUCUCAUGCAUGAAGGCCUCGACAGGAAACGUAUCAAAAGGCACCUUCUCAUUUUCUCCCUUUCUGCUCCUAUAAUGUCUCUAUUCACUUAUUUCUGUAUAAGUCAGGAAGGAAAGGAAAAGCUCUCGAUGUUAAACGCGACCGGGAUCGCUAUGCUAUUUUCCGCUGGUACGUUUCUUUACGUUGCGACCGUACAUGUCCUGCCAGAGCUGGCUGCCCGAGCCGGAGGCUCUUUUCGGCCGAGGCAGCUUUGCGCGCUUAUACUGGGCACGCUGCUCCCUCUUGUCAUGUCCGUUGGGCAUCACCAUUAACAAACAAUAAAAUAUUUAUUUAAAAAAAAAGUAUAAAUUGUGAUUUUUAUUAUCAAUUUAAUAAUUGUACAUUGUAAAUAAUGUUAUAUGGUGAUAUAUAUUAUACAUAAUUAUUAUAUAUUGUAUAUAAUAUUAUUACAAAUUUUAUUUAAGACUGGCGUUAGUCAAACAAACGAUAUUGUUUUUGAAACUGCUGCUGUAUUUUUUAUUUAAUUUAACAAAUCAUUGUAAUAUCAAAAAUAAACUUCCAAUUUUUUUUCUACGUC